CUUCUAAAACGAACGUCCAGGUACAUGUAGAUCUAGCUACUAGUAGCUCUAGCUAGCUAGCUAGCUAGUAGCAGCCAGACAGAAAGAUCCACCGUGCUACCGGUACGCAUCACCACCCCUCGUUUGUUUUCCACAAAACCGAGAUCAAACCAACCGACCUCCCACCUUGUCUAGUAGGCCAUCUUCUACCUACCUGGUAGCCAGUUGUUUUAUUAAAAUUGUCACUGUACUUCCACCAUGUCCCUCCGUGGUCGGUAUGUGAUUGAUCGGAUCAAACGAUCGGUCUCGUCCUAUCUCAAAAUGCCCGUGCCGCCCUACGGCGAACCCAUGUUUUGGGAAAAUGUCUACCACAAGAUGGAUCUUGCCACGCCGAUAUCGCCCGAUACCAGUUUGCCCGAAUUUGACGAUACCUUUGAAUGGGGUGAUAUCAAGUUACAGGAUGUCUUGGAAUACCGGUAUCGACCCGUCACUAUCCAACAAACAACUUCUGCCACGGAAUAUGCGUCCAGCAGUACAGUGGGAGAUACCGAUGCUACCACGACAUUUGGUCAAACCAUUGGCGUGGAACCCAACGAGUUCUUUUCACUCAUGGAGGAUGAUACUACCACUAGUACUACUACUGACAGCCAACAAGAAGAAAGCAGUGGUGGUAGUAGUAGUAGUACGAAAGAACCCAUUAUCAUGUUGGGAUGUGGCAAUUCCCGCAUGGGAGAAGACAUGGUGGAACAGGGAUGGCAAGGACCCAUCAUUCAAGUGGACAUUGCCGCCAAGGCAUUGGAAAUGAUUGCGCGUCGCAGCCCGCACAAUUCGGAUCGACUCCAAUAUCUACAAGAAGAUGCCACCAAUCUGACGUCGUCGAUCCGCCAGGACACGGUGGCCGCCACCAUUGACAAGGGAUUGCUGGAUGCGCUGUUUUGCGCCGACGAAUACGAUCAAAUGACCGAUAUUGUGUCGAGUGUGCGACGUGUCUUGCAACCGGGUGGGGUCUUUUGUAUCUUUAGCUUUAGUCGACCGGAAUUCCUUCUCCCGCGCAUAUUGCCGUUGCACAACAACACUCAAAUGCCGUAUGGAUAUGGACGACAACAACAAUCCACGUGGGAGCACGUCGAGGUUCGAGAACUGGAUCGAUUCAUGAUUUAUCGAUUGCAGAAAUCCAAAAAAGGGAGCAAUAUUCGAGAGCCCAAGGGAUAUUCGCAGCAUCAUAACAAAACUCAAAAGAGACGACAAUGAAAGAAAGAGUGCUACAGUGCUGUCGUAGAGUUGUGACAGAGAUAAUUAGAAUCACAAAAGAAGAAGACCUACCAAUCCACUAUCGUUUUCAAUACUACGCGUUUCAGAAGGAAGAUGAAGGGCGCCCAGAAAACCAAUAGUAGGAGCUUGGUUCCCAGCAGUUGCUUGGCCUGUAGCUAGCUGUUCUGUGUCGAGCCACUGCAGCGCUAGCUAGCAACCAAGGCUGAGGGCAACAAGGUUCCAUGGAUGUUGCUGCCUUUAUUUAUUUCUCUAGAGGUUGGAGAACCUCUCUCGCUUCUGCGCCCCCCCCUCCCUCGUACGAAGGACAUCUCAGUUGAUACCAGCUAUGGGAAUCCAUCCUCCCCACCAUCAUUCCUUAAUCAUAACUGUGCGCGAACUUUUAAAAUACAGUCAAGUAGCUUGCAAAUAGUGCUAUUAUUAAUAGUGUGAUUCAUAGCUUCUCUAGCUAGCUAGCUAGCGGCCUGC